AUGUUACUCCCUGUAACAGCUCUCAUUAAUGCCAUUUGCCUGGCAUUACUCCUUCUGCAUACUGAGUCGACUCAGCCUCCGUUCUCAUGUGACUCAGCAAAUCCACAGACUAAAUUGUUCCCAUUUUGCCAAACCAAGCUGCCAAUCCGAAAAAGAGUGCAGGACCUUGUUUCCCGCCUGACGUUGGAUGAGAAGAUAUCUCAGCUAGUUAACUCAGCACCGGCCAUCCCACGACUCGGUGUGCCUCCUUAUGAAUGGUGGUCCGAGGCAUUGCAUGGUGUCUCUGGUUAUGGAUAUGGUGUUACAUUCAAUGGAAGAAUCAGUUCUGUCACUAGCUUCCCUCAAGUCCUCCUCACUGCUGCUACCUUUGAUUCUCAUCUUUGGUACCGCAUUGGCCAGGCGAUUGGAAAAGAAGCAAGGGCAGUGUAUAAUGCAGGGCAAGCAAAGGGGAUGACAUUUUGGGCACCAAAUAUUAACAUUUUUAGGGACCCAAGAUGGGGAAGAGGGCAAGAAACACCUGGGGAAGAUCCAUUGGUUGUGGGAAAUUAUGCAGUAGCGUAUGUUAGAGGAAUACAAGGGGACACUUUUCAAGGUGGGAAGCUAAACAGUGGCCAUCUUCAGGCAUCUGCUUGCUGCAAACACUUCACUGCUUAUGAUUUGGAUAAUUGGAAUGGAGUUAUUCGCUUUGGAUUUAAUGCUCAGGUAACAAAGCAAGAUUUGGCAGAUACUUAUCAGCCACCUUUCAGAAGUUGUGUAAAAGACGGGAAAGCCAGUGGGAUAAUGUGUGCCUAUAACAGUGUGAAUGGGGUUCCAAAUUGUGCUGACUACGAUCUCUUAACCAAAACAGCUCGUGGAGAAUGGGGUUUUCAUGGGUACAUCACCUCCGACUGUGAUGCUGUUGCUGUAAUUUACAAUGUUCAUAAAUAUACAAAAUCACCUGAAGAGACAGUAGCAGAUGUACUCAAAGCUGGCAUGGAUGUCAACUGUGGCUCCUUCUUGAAAAACUACACUAAAUCAGCAGUUCAGCAGAAAAAGCUCCUGGAAACUGCUGUAGACAGAGCCCUUCAUAACCUUUUUGCAGUUCGGAUGAGGCUCGGAUUGUUUAAUGGAAAUCCAAAUAAUCAACUUUUUGGUGACAUUGGCCCUAAUCAAGUGUGUACACAAGAACACCAGGACCUAGCCCUUGAAGCUGCAAGAAAUGGCAUUGUCCUCUUAAAGAACUCUGCGAAGCUUCUUCCUCUUUCAAAAAACAAAAUUACAUCUCUUGCAGUAAUUGGCCCAAAUGGCAAUAAUGCAUACGUACUUGUUGGAAACUAUGAAGGGCCUCCAUGCAAAUCUGUGGAAAUUCUCAAAGCGCUCCAGAGCUAUGUGAAGAACACCAAGUUCCACCCCGGAUGCAAUGCAGUGAAUUGUACCUCUGUUGCAAUCGAAGAUGCUGUUAAUACAGCAAAGGGAGCAGAUUAUGUGGUUUUGGUCAUGGGAUUGGAUCAAAGUCAAGAAAUGGAGGAGCGUGAUCGACUCUAUUUGACACUUCCUGGUCAGCAAGAGAGUCUCGUCACAGCCGUUGCCAAGGCUGCAAAGAAGCCGGUUAUUCUUGUGCUGGUUUGUGGAGGUCCUGUUGAUGUUUCUUUUGCAAAAUAUAAUCCACAAGUUGGAAGCAUCUUGUGGGCAGGUUAUCCAGGUGAAGCCGGAGGAAUUGCACUUGCAGAAAUCCUAUUUGGUGACCAUAAUCCAGGAGGAAAAUUACCCGUCACUUGGUAUCCGAAGGAUUUCACCCGAGUACCAAUGACUGACAUGAGAAUGCGCCCUGAACCAUCCUCAGGAUAUCCAGGUCGCACUUAUCGCUUCUACAAUGGGAAAAAAGUGUUCGAAUUCGGCUAUGGGCUCAGCUACUCAACCUACACAUACGAAUUCAUCUCUUCUACUCCAAACACUCUCCAUUUAAAGCAAUUGUUAAAUUCUCCAACAACAAUUGAAAGCUCAAGCUCUCUCCGUUCCCUACCAGUUUCCGAUAUGGGGGCAGAAAUAUGUGAGAAAGCCAAAUUCUCGGCCAUUGUUGGAAUCGAGAACUCGGGGGAAGUUGCCGGGAAACACCCAUUUCUCCUAUUUGCAAGGCAUGAUAGGCCUAGCAAUCGAAGUCCCUUAAAACAAUUGGUUGGAUUUCAAAGUGUGAGCUUAAAUUCAGGAGAAAGAAGAGAAGUAGAAUUUGUAAUAAGCCCCUGUGAACACCUUAGCACAGCCACUGAAGAUGGUUUGAUGGUCAUAGAAGAGGGGUAUAGAUAUCUGAUGUUAGAAGAUACAGAGUAUCCCAUUAACAUUGUAAUUUGA